AUGGAGGUUCGAUCAGCCCUCUUGGCCAGUAUGACUGACGUGGAGAAGAGCAUCAAGCAUUUAGUCAUAGAGGCUAACCUAAGGAUGGUCAGGCUUUUGGCUCCUCACCAGGAUAAGAGGGAGUCAACAGCGGGAAAUGCCAGUAGCGAGGAGAUUCCCGAACAGCACCCAGACGUGUCGCAACCUCAAAGGUGGAGGACGACUAGAGUGACAAUCAGGGAACCCUCUAGCAUCCUGCGAGCUUCCGCUCCCCCCGCCCCAUUGGGAAAGGGUAAAAUAAAAGCCACCGAACCUCCCACUCCCAUAGAUGAAUCUUCAAAUGAGAACGAUAUGUCAUUUGAAGAUGUGUUCGAGCAUUACAAGGCUACCGCUGCAUCUUCAGGAAGGAAGAAGGACAACAAGAGGACUCGGGGGGAGAGCAGUAAAACCGCCUCAAAGAAGGCCCGAACUGAAGACCCUUUAGCCACUGUCUCUAUGAAGGAGAACACACCACCUCCAUCGCCACUCGAGCAGCCGGCCUCAACUCCUCCGGUUGACCAGCAUUCCACUCCUCCAACACCUGUCGACCAGCACCUUACUCCUCAGGACCCUACCAGCCAAACACAGCGCACUCAGCCCGAAGGGAUUGUUGACCAUGACCGCUGGCUGCACCGUGCGGGUGCAAUGGUGUCCCAGACCAAAAUUUUAGACACCAGGCUUGCUGAGGCUAAGAAAGCGCUUGAAGGGAAAAAUGCUGACUUGCUCGAUAAGAACAAUGAGCUAACUAAGGAGAACGACGAGUUGCUUGAGAAGAGUGCGGAACUGUCUAAGCAAAAAGAGGAACUGCUCCAGCAAAAAGCCACUCUGACCGAGGAGCUGCUGGAGAGUCGGGAUGCCCUGAAGAAAUCUAAUGAAGAUAGAGAAAAAUUCAGGGAAAGUGCCAAAAUCAAUUACCAAGAAUACAAACAGUUCGAGCUUGAUUUGAUUGCGAAUAGGCAGGAGACGAAGGAGCUGGAAAAGCGCUGUGCCAUUCGCCUAGAGGAAGAAGAGAGGGCUAAUAUUCCUGCAUCCCCAGAGAUCUCUUUGGCAACAAGGAUAUAUGGUGCAGAUAAUGAAGCUGGCACAGCUGUCGACCAGGACGCUCCUCAAGACCCUCCAGCCUUUUAG